AUGAAGUUCAGUCUCUUCUCCUUCGCUGCCCUCGCCGCUUCGGCUAUGGCUGCUCCCGCUGCCGUUGUCCCCGACGCUCAGCAGCUCCCCGCUGUCCCUGCUGUUCCCGCCGUUCCCAACGCUGGAUCCGUCACUGAGGUCGUCACCUCCAACACCAUCACCAAGACUGUCACCCAGAAGAUCUCCAGCGUCAAGGUCACCAACACUGGUGGCGUUGUCAAGGUUCUCACCAUUGCCGUUGACGAGAUCAAGGUCCAGACCACCACCAUCAAGGCCACCAUCUCCAAGGUCAAGACCGGCGCUCUCUCCAAGGCUGCCGCCAUCACCCACAUCCACCAGAACGUUGCCAUCCUGAACGACCUUCUCACCACCGUCGUCAACCAGCUCAAGGAGGUUGCCACCAUCGAUGUCAAGCUUCCUGACGUCAAGAUCAUCCUCGGCCUUGUCAUCAAGCUCCUCCACGAGCUUGUCGGUGUCGCCAAGGACAUCCUCAGCACUCUCGGUCUCGACAACGUUAUCGGCACCGCCAUGGAGCUCCUCUUCCGCACCGUCGCCACUCUCCUUGGCCUCAUUACUGAGCUCAUUGGAGAUAUCGUCCCUGGUCUUGUUGACAUCCUCUCCAACAUCCUCGACACCCUCGAGGGCACCCCCCUUGGCCCCGUUGUCAAGCCUGUCUCUGCCAUCUUCGAGGGCCUCACUGGCUACCUCACCCAGGGUACUGCCUAA